CUUCUCCACUCCCCCCAAAACCUCCCCAAACCCCCAGAAACUCCCAUCCCGUCAAGCGCCCCACUCCACCUCACGUCGCCGCCACCGCCACCGCCGCCGCUUCGCUUCCUCUCUGCCCUCAAGGUCUCCUCUGCCUCCUCACGCCCACGCCGCUGCUGCCACCUCCCUUCCUCCCCGACCUUGUUCUCCGCGCUCUCUAUUUCGUUUCCGUAUCCCCAUUCCACUCGCCAGUUUCUUCUGUUCCUUCCAGCUCAAGUACUACUACCAGUAGCAUUCCGAGAGGCAAGGGAAGAAGCUCCUCUCCCUGUCUCCUCCCGACGAGGAGUCACUAGUCAGUCACCGCUCGUUCUUUUUCACGGAGCUCGAAAACCGUUAGCGAUAGUACCCUGGCGUGGGCCGCGGCUGCUGCCUCUGCGCCGGUACGAAUUCGAGGACGGGGCGCGGCUUUCAGCUACUCGUAGCUGCCUGCCUGCUGCGGCUCCUGCUCCAUUUCUGCUCCUCUUUUUAAAGAGCACGUCUUUACUGCGGCCACUCUCCUCCUCCCCCUUCUCCUUCCUCCCCCCGCGCCCGCCCACCUACCGUCCCCCUGCCGAUCCGCGGCGCAGGAGGGAAUCCGCCCGGCCGGCCGCUCCGAUCGCUCUGUGGCUUCCUUUCCUGCUGGGGUCAGGGCAGCAGGGGCUGCGCUCGGGUUGGGUUUCUGGUUUCACCCUUGUUGCCGUCCAUCUAAAGCCACAGGGGUUUAACGACCGGCCGCGGCGAGCUUCCCGUGCUGCCUGCGUGCCAUGUCGCGGUCGCGCACGGUGCGGAUCUUCUGGGACGACCCCGACCUGACGGACUCCUCCGGCGAGGAGGAAGGGUGCGGCGCCCGGAGGGUUGGCAGGAUGGUCCGGGAGCUACCGCCCAUGGCGGUGGCUCCCGCUGCCCCCGCGCCGGAGCAGUGCGCCCCCGGGGACGGCGACCGCGGGAGGAGGCUCGGCGGCGGUCCUGGCGCGUGCAGCGGCGGCGCGCGGAGGCGGCUGGCCAAGGGCGGCCCGGGCGCGACGACCACCAAGUUCCGCGGCGUCCGGAGGCGGCCGUGGGGCAAGUUCGCGGCGGAGAUCCGCGACCCGUGGCGCGGCGUGCGCGUGUGGCUCGGCACCUUCGACACCGCCGAGGAGGCCGCGCGCGUCUACGACACCGCCGCCAUCCAGCUCCGCGGGCCCAACGCCACCACCAACUUCGGCGCCGCCCAGUCCGGCUCCGGGGCCGGCCAGGACCAGGACGCGGACCCGGACCCGGCGACCCCCGGGUACGAGUCCGGCGCCGAGUCCUCGCCCGCGGCGUCGUCCCCGACGUCCGUGCUCCGCAAGGUCCCGUCCCUGUCCUCCCUCGCGGAGGACUACUCCAAGGACGACUCCGACGCCGCGCCGUGCGAGCCGGCCGCCGGCGAGCGCGGCGGCCUGGCCGUCCUGGGGGAGGAGGCGCUCGGCGAGUUCGUGCCCUUCGAGGACGCGCCGGUCUACGCCACCAGCGGCUUCUGGGACAUCCGGCCCGACGCGGGGUUCCUCUACGCGGAGCCGUCGUCGCCGGAGGCGUCGUGGAACGCCUCCGCCUCCGCCUACCCGGCCUCGUACGGCGAGGCGCCCGGCUGGGCCGCGCCGUCGCCGACGGCGCUGGAGAACGACUACUUCGAGGACCUGCGCGACCUCUUUCCGCUCCACCCGCUUCCCGCGAUUUUCUGAAACGGACGACGGACGGGGGCUCCGCUCGUUCUUCGUCUACCGUGUGGUCUCCUAGUACUUUGUACGCCUUUUGCCGUGCCGUGUUUUUGUCGUGUCGAUGAGGGAGAAAGUGUAGCAUGCCGCCGCCGAUGAGUACGUAGUAGUAGUAGUAGAGAGUUUUGAGGUGCGGGUACGAGUCUGUCUAGUACUCGCUAGUGUAUGGAGAGAUGAAUGUGGUAAAGUGUUUUUGCUGUGCCGUCA